GGGAUUUCGGUUUUUAUCCCAAAUCUACACCCGGCCUGAUUUUCUUGCGCCAACUGGAUACCAUUCAUCCAAGAUGCCCAAGGAAACGAAGUCUAGCCCUUUAUCAGCUCUGUUUGGGGUCGUCAAGCCGUCGGGACCGACGUCCAUGUCUCUGGUCAACGAUAUCAAGAAGCUAGUCGCCAACUCGCCACUAUUUGUGGAGGAAUCAAAGUUAAAGGCAAAGGCUUCCAAGACGACUAGGAAAAACAAACACGGGAGAGAUGCCGUCAAGAUCGGGCAGGGCGGUACCCUUGAUCCCCUUGCAGACGGCGUACUCGUUGUCGGGGUGGGCAAAGGUACGAAAAAGCUGUCUGACUUCCUCGACUGCGUGAAGGAAUACCGCACGACGUGUCUGCUUGGCUGCGAGACCGACACCUACGAUAGUGAGGGCAAGCAGGUCCGCGUCGCACCGUGGCGGCAUGUUACGCGGGAGCAGGUCGAGAAGGCGUUGGAACAGUUUAGAGGAGAAAUCGACCAGGUGCCACCCAUAUUCUCGGCGCUGAAGAUGGAUGGAAAACCGCUGUACGACUACGCGCGGAACGGCAUCCCUCUCCCCCGGCCGAUCGAAAAGCGGAAGGUCACCGUCCACGAGCUGGAGCUGAUCGAGUGGAAAGGCGACGACCACUCCUUCCGAUGGCCUGAGAAGAAGUUCACAAAGGAGGAGCAGGAGGCCAUGGAGAAGGCGCUAAAGAGUGUCGAUGACACGGUGUCCGUCAAGGACGAGCCCGAAGCAGAUGCUCCUUCCGAGGGCGUACCGACGGCCUUCGUCCUUCGGAUGAAGGUGUCAGGCGGUACAUAUGUGCGUUCCAUCGUCCAUGACCUUGCACACGCGUUGGGGUCUGCUGGCCAUGUCGUGACCCUGACGCGCGCCCGACAAGGACGGUUCGCGUUGGAGCCGUCGGAAGAAGGUGACCGCGCGUGUGUGCCAUGGGACGCCUUCGAAAAGGCACUGAAGGAUGAGGGAGAGGCGGAUGCGCAUGGCCGCAAAGAGUGGGAACGGGAAGUGCUAGACAAAUUGGAGGUUGUAACCUAAACCAAAUAUACAUUGCUUUCCAUAUCCGAAGAAGAACGCGAGUGUUGCGUCAUGAACAUGAUAGUCACCGAGGGCUCUCUGCUCCCUAAACCCCGGUCGUAGCGCCGCGGACGGCGGCCGUUCUCAACGCUCGCGAUAUUCGGUAAGAUGUCGGUCAUGUGGUAGUCGAGGCUGCUCACCCGCUCUUUAGUGCCGCUAACACAUUCC